ACUGCUUCACACAUCUCCGGCCAUCCAUCUUCGCCAUGGCACGCCGCAGCUCAGGAGGGGGAUUCCGCUCGACGCCGCGCCGGAGGACCCCGGCGCCCGCAAAACCGGCGGCGGCCCCUGGCCCCGCUCCACACAGCAAUGGCGGCCUCAUGGGAGGAGGAUCGUUCGCGUCCAACGUCUUCGACGGAUUGACCUGGGGCGCCGGCAGCAGCAUAGGCCGCAGGCUCGUCGACUUCUUCGCCGGGCCGCGCACCAUCCGAGUCGCCGAUGCUCCUUCUCAGGCGUCGGCGCCCGUCUCGGACGCUUGUGACAUCCACAACAUGGCCUUCGCAGAUUGCAUCAAGCAGAACGCAAGCGACAUCAGCCAGUGCCAGUUCUACAUCGACAUGCUCAACCAGUGCCGCCGCGACUCCUCCGGUGGUGGCAUCCCCGCCACCACCACCUUCGCCUAG